AACCAAGAAGCGUUUUCGGUGCUCCAUAGUUGAGAAAAGAAAGUGAUGAGCAAAUACAGAUCACAGUUAGUGUAGGUUAUUCCUCAAUGGAGGGCGCUGAAAGAAGAGAGGGUACUGAGGAACUGAGGGACUGCAGGCUGAAGGCCUAUGAGGGCUACACCACACAACGACAGCGUUUUUGUAAUUACUCUCACUGCCAGAUGGGGGGUACAGAUAUUUUGCAGCAUUUAAUAAUCCUUUUGCCAAUCUGCAGUGCACCACAUUUUCUCCGUCAGAACAGUGAAGAAGAGGGUGCAUAAGGACUGAAUCUGAACACUCGAAAACUUCAAUGAAACCCAUAAACAACCCGAAAAGAAAAAAGCAGAGUAGAAGAAAAGAGAAGGCUCUCAUGAAUGAACAAAUGAGACAAAGUCGAAUAAGGGGAGAAGAAGGAGAUUGCUGAGUUGGAUAGAUGCGUCUGCAGGGUUGGGAUAGUGGCUGAUGAGGAGGGGGGAGGGAGGGCAGAGCAAAACAGCAGGGCAUUGUGCCUGUACACCAGGCACUGGGAGACACACUCAAACACAUUCACACACUGACACAGUCGUGCACACAAGCGCAUGCCUCUGCCCACUGCCACACAGACUUGCGUUGGCAUCUCGGAGGGCAGCUCCAUCUCCAGUUCAGUCCUGAGUGAAGCUGAUCACCCCUCUCCGCUGCAGUACAAACCUCUAAGACAGAGCCCCUGCUUCGUGCCCUUCCUGUCAACACAACUAAAGGCAUUCACAACUCCAGGCACCAACAACUCACAAGCAGAGCCUCGGUGGACAAACUCUAACCUGUGGAUUGUCUCUGAGGAGAGCAGCACUCUACAUUUGAGGAUACUUUGUCCUUGUCUUGCCCAAGCCGACCUCAUCAACCCAUCAAGCACUGGUCGAAGAUCUAGAAGUGGACCACAACAUUUCUAGAAUCAGAAACUUUCAUAUUUCUCUGUGGGACUACACGUUGGCUUUGUACAGCAUAAACUGAUAUAAGAGCAAGAUAUAUCCAUCUGAUUCAAGCAACACCUUUCACUAUGGCGACCACAGGCAUGCAGUUACUGGGCCUCAUCCUAUCAAUUGUGGGCUGGGUGGGUGGGUUAGUAGUCUGUGCCAUCCCCUUGUGGCGGGUCACUGCCUUCAUUGGUAACAACAUAGUGACGGCUCAAAUCAUAUGGGAAGGCCUGUGGAUGACUUGCAUAGUGCAGAGCACAGGUCAGAUUCAGUGUAAGGUGUAUGAUAGCUUGUUGGCUCUGCCUAGUGACAUGCAGGCUGCCCGAGGUCUCACUGUGUUUUCCAUUUUGCUCUGUGGCCUAGCUCUGGCUCUGGGUGUCCUAGGAGUCAAAUGCACUAAAUGUAUUGGUGUAAACAGCCUCAAGGCCCGUAUUGCUCGCAUUUCCGGCGCUCUUUUUGCCAUCGCAGGGUUUCUUUACCUUGUGCCUGUAUGCUGGACAGCCCAUUCCAUCAUCAGGGAUUUCUAUGAUCCACACGUGGCGGCACCACACAAGCGUGAGCUUGGCCCUGCCCUGUACAUCGGUUGGGGCGCAGCAGCCUUGCUCCUCAUCGGGGGAUCGCUGCUCUAUGCAGGGUCAAGUCCACCUGGCAUCCCAGGCUCUCCAACCUUCAGCAGUGGAGAGAGUAGUCCUCGUAGAGCACCUGCUACACAAGUCAAAGGUUAUGUCUAAGUUCUAAACACCUUCAAAUUCUGCAAAUCCACUCCAAAUGAUGACAAACCUCUGUUUUCUCCUUUUGAAUUUGCUCCUUGUAAUUAUUUUAUAUUUAAUGUUACUCUGAUUUGCUUUUUUCUAUGAAAAGCUUCAGGAGGCUGUUUAGGGAAAAUUGAAUUCCUUUGAUUAUUCACCCUUCAAUAACCCCUGUUUCUGUCAGAAAAGUACAAUAAAAGUUGUAUCCUCUGGGAA